AUGGAGUCAAUUCCUUACUCUUCUAUUGUUGGAAGUUUGAUGUAUGCUCAAAUUUGCACAAGACCGGAUAUUAGUUUUGCGGUCGGAAUGCUGGGAAGAUAUCAGAGUAACCCGGAAAUUGAUCACAGGAAAGCUGCAAAGAAAGUUUUGAGGUACCUAAAAGGAACGAAGGAUUACAUGCUCACAUAUAAGAGAUCCAACAGUUUGGAAGUCAUUGAAUACUCGGAUACAGAUCAUGGUGGAUGUGUUGACACUAGAAAGUCCACUUUUGGUUACUUGUUCCCAUUAGCUGAAGGAGCAAUAUCGUGGAAGAGUGCAAAGCAAUCCGUCAUUUCUACAUCCACAAUGGAAGCAGAAUUUGUGGCAUGUUUUGAAGCCACAAUUCAUGCAUUAUGGCUGCGGAACUUUAUUUCAGACUUGGGGUUCGACACCAUUACCAAGCCGCCGAAAAUUUAUUGUGAUAAUCUUUAG